AUGAUGGCAACAAAGUCUUAUCUCUGCAUGGGCGUCAAGAACUAUUAUACCAGUCCUCCGAACACAUAUCCAGACACAGCGACGGAUUGGCAGAAUUGGAAGAUCCUUGCUCUCUCCCUCUCUCUUCGCGCUCCUUGUAAGAGGGUCAGCAUCGAACAAGCAGGGCGUCCUGCGGGUAGGAGUGCUGGUAUCGCCGUGACUGGCGAGAUCUUGGGACGGCCAAGUUCUAGCCGCUUUCAGAGCACGAUCUUGAUGGUAUCAAGUGACACCAUCGUGGAAGAGGUAGGCACAAUUCUGGCGUUAGGCAGCCACCUUGCCAUAAAGACCUACACACAUGUCUUCGACCACUUUGGGGUGGGUAAAAAGGAAGCGGAAGGUGUAGCUCUUGAGGACGUGACAGCAUAUGGAAAGGGAAGAAAUGAAGUGCUGCAGAGUAUGCGCAUAAACAUGGACAAUCCUUGGAGAGGGACGCGUGCGGCGUUACUGACAGCCCUUUUGGCCACUCCAGUGCUACUGCCCACAGCUGCGACGUGUGCCCAUUUGGUGGUGUUGUCUGUAGCAGGCUGA